UAAGCACAUUUUACACAACUUGAUCCACACCUUAAAAUGAAGCUCCCAACUUCAUUUUUACCUCUUCUUCUUCUGUUAUCAACUUUUUCUUUCUCUUCAUCAGCAACCAAAACAGAUGACUUUCUAAAUUGCCUGGCCAAGUCUUCUGAUUCCACGACAAUUUCCAAGCUUGUUUACACCCCAGCCAACUCCACUUUCGAUGCUGCAUUAACAUACUCUAUUAAUAACCUUCGUUUCGCUCAGGCCUCAACUCCGAAACCCCUAGUCAUUGUCACCCCAACAACCGAAUCUCAGAUCCAAAAUGUCAUUUACUGCACCAAGAAAACAGGCUUGGAAAUGAGGAUCAGGAGUGGUGGCCACAGUUUCGAGGGCUUCUCGUAUGUUUCAUCACUCCAAUUUAUAGUCCUGGACUUGCGUAACAUUAACAAAGUCACCCCUGACAUGUCAACCGCAACUGCAUGGGUUGAUAGUGGUGUUACAAACGGUGAACUGUAUUAUUACAUCAGCAAGGCCACUUCGGCUUACGGGUUCCCCUCUGGACUAUGGUCUAAUGUUGGUGUUGGUGGGAUCUUGAGUGGCGGGGGGUACGGUAUGUUGAGAAGGAAAUAUGGUUUAGCUGGAGAUCAAGUGAUCGAUGCACGUUUGAUUGAUGCUAAUGGUAGAAUCCUCACUAGGAAGACCAUGGGUGAAAAUCUGUUCUGGGCAAUCAGAGGUGGUGGUGGUGGAAGCUUCGGAGUUGUUGUGUCCUGGAGAGUUAAUCUAGUACCCGUUCCUCCAAUUGUUACAGUUUUUCGGGUUUUCAGAACUUUGGAAGAAGAUAUGACUAAUAUUUUCUACAAGUGGCAAUCCGUUGCCCCUGUCUUGCCUAAAGAACUUGACAUCAGGUGCAAUGGACAGGUCAUUCUAAGUAAUUCCAGUACCCGAUCGGAUAAAAAGACGAUGCAAAUGAACUUCGAGUCACUAUACCUGGGACCAGCCAGUGAAGUUCUUGCAAUAAUGGGAGAAAGAUUGCCAGAGCUAGGAUUGGUGAGGGAAGAUCUGUUUGAAGUGAGCUAUAUCCAAGCUAUGGUAUUUUUUUCGCAGUUCCCUAUCCAGGCACCACCCGAGAUUUUACUAGACAAAACUAUUUUACCUCGUCCAGCAUUCAAGGGAAGAUCAGAUUUCUUCAAGAAACCAAUGCCUAUAGAAGGACUACUAGGCCUAUGGGAUUACAUGUUCCAACUUCCCGAUAACCAAGCAUUCUUGCAGUACACUCCCUAUGGUGGUAGAAUGAAUGAAAUCUCCGCGACAGCGCUCCCAUUCCCUUACCGAGCAGGGUACCUGUACAUGUUCAACUUCUUCGCCGUGACAUGUCCAACUCGGGAAAAAUGUGCAGAAGAAACUGCGAGGAUGGAUUGGGUGAGGACAGUGGAUAAAUAUCUAACUCCUUAUGUGACAAGCAAUCCCAGGAGUGCAUAUGUGAACUAUGUGAAUGUUUGGAUGGGUCAGAAUAAUCCAACAGGAAGCACAAGUUACGCUCAGGCUAGCCAAUGGGGAAAGCGUUACUUCGGUGUGAAUUUUGAUAAGUUGGUCAUGAUCAAGUCACUGGCUGAUCCUUUCAACUUCUUCCGACACGAGCAGAGCAUUCCGGUUUUUUCACUUUGGUCCGAUAUGUAGAAGAAUAUUUGCUCGGUCCUUUGUUUUCCCUUGUGUUCUCGAGUUCUUUUUUGCAGAAUGUUUUCCUUUGUUUUAAAUAAGAUUGGAUGUAUUUUUCUC